CCCCUGGGUGCCCAUGGAAGAGGGGCUCUUAUUUUAGAUAUUAUGGUGGACGUUUAUUCGAGACGGGUCCUUUUUCGAGACUGGGCGCAUAAUUGGGAAUUUUGUUAAUUUUAGAAGACAUUUUCCAGCACUUGAUUUUGACGAUGCAAUGUUUUGUACUUCCUUGUGGAGUGCUGAUGUAGGUGUUUAAUCCAUUCUUUGUUUCGCUCGGUAGUGUAUGUAAUUUGUUCAAAAAAUACAAUAAUUAUUUUCCACACAUUCAAAUUAUAUUUGACAGCAUGACGUUUUUAAUUAAUAAUUUUUGCUGAAUUUGGUAAGACGAAAAUUUAUCAGAUUUGUUCCAUGAUACUAGGAGAAAAAUAUUUUUUACAAGAACCUACUUUCUUUUGUGACUUGCAUAAAUUUCUCCCAGCUUCACACUAAUCCAUUUUUUACUAAUAUAGGAACACUGUGCACAAAUGGAACAACGCUCUCCUAACUGUCUUUAAUUCAGUUGACCUAGCGAAAACUUAGUUAGAUCCUCCCAUUUCUCUUGUUGUUGCUGAUUACUUACUUACUUUAUAAAAGAAGCUUUACAUAUGUAAUCCUUGUUCGCUUUUAUUAAAUAACAUCAUCAAUAACUUAACCGGGGAUUCACAUGCCUAAUAUUUUCCUUGUUUUUCUGAUAUUUAAACCCUAUAGUGAGUUUAUUAUUUUAGCUGUAAACUCCCUAGUUAUAUAAACCUUUCAAGUGACUCCUAUAGUUUAAAAUAUUUUAGAGUGUUUUCCUCAUGAUAAUUGAACUUUCGAAAGUCCUCUAUAAAAGGUCUCCACUUAUCCAGAAAAAGACAGUUCGAUCUUUGACAGCAAAGAAAUCAGGCGAACAAGAUGAAGCUGUUUCAUUUGUUGUUGUUGGUUGGGCUUGUGGCAACUCUGGUUACAGUUUCGGGAAGAGUAAUAAAUAUUGAAGAAGAUGCGAGUGAAGAAUUAGUUUCUCAGAAGAACAAUGAUGCAGAUGCUGAUUACGAAAAUGAAGAUUCUGAGGAUUCAGAUGAAAGUAACACCUUAUCUGAUGCGGAUGAAGAUUCGGAAGGAGUGGACAGUGACGUAGCAGAACAGGAUAUUGGUAAACAAGAUUCACGGUUACGUCGGCGUCCUCACAAACGCCGGCGAAGACGUCGUCGUCGUCGGCGAAUCAUCCGUCGACGAUUUUACCCACGCCGACGAAUACAUAAACGACGAAAAUCCCGACAUCGACGAACUCACAGCCGACGAUUGCACUCACAUCGACGAAUCCCCCGGAAUCGACGAUUUAAUAGGCGUCGAUUGCAUCCAAAUCGACGAAUCUUCCGAAUUCGACGAAUUCGCAAGCGUCGAUUGCAGCCACUAAAAAUCUUCCGAAAAAGAAUUUAUGGUUAGACAGUACUGUGAUUUGUUAGUCAAGUGAUUAACAAUAUGUUGUAUUUUUUAGAUAAAAAAUGCAAAAUAAACCUGCCUA